UGAGAAUUCUGUGCCGCCUUCCUGAGGACCGUCCACCAUGCAGUGGCUGAUGAAGUUCCGUGUCCUCUGGGGCAUCCGCAAACCCUACCGUGGCUUUCACCCUGCCCCUGGGUACCUUCGCUGCCAGCCUCUUUCAGGAGUUGGAGCCCCGAGAUGGAAUGACUACGAUGUACCUGAGGAAUUUAACUUUGCAAGUGAUGUCUUAGACUACUGGACUCAAAUGGAGAAGGAGGGUAAGAGAGGUCCAAACCCAGCCCUGUGGUUGGUGAAUAAUCAAGGAGAUGAACUGAAGUGGAGCUUCGGAGAGUUGACAGACUUAUCCCGCCGUGCAGCCAAUGUUCUCACCCAGACCUGUGGCCUGCAGCAGGGAGACCGUCUAGCCUUGAUCCUGCCUCGAGUGCCUGAGUGGUGGCUGGUGGUCAUAGGCUGCAUUCGAGCAGGAAUAAUAUUCAUGCCAGGAACCAUCCAGUUGAAGGCCAAGGACAUUCUCUACCGAUUACAAGUGUCUAAAGCCAAGGGCAUUGUGACCACAGAUACCCUUGCUCCAGAGGUGGAUUCUUUAGCUUCCGAGUGUCCUACUCUGAAAAUAAAGCUCCUGGUGUCUGACCAUAGCCAUCAAGGGUGGCUGGACUUACGAUCAUUGAUUAAAUCAGCAUCCCCAGAUCAUACCUGUGUUAAGUCAAAGACAGUGGACCCAAUGGCCAUCUUCUUCACCAGUGGGACCACAGGCCUCCCCAAGAUGGUAAAACAUUGUCAUGGAUUUGCCUUGCGAUCCUCUCUCCCUUCGUGCAGGAAAAUGCUGCAGCUGAAGACAUCUGAUAUCUUCUGGUGCUUUUCGGACACAGGCUGGAUUCUGGCUCUCUUUGGGUGCAUGAUGGAACCAUGGACAGUAGGGGCUACACUCUUCAUCCAUCAUCUGCCCCAGUUUGACCCCAAGGUCGUUGAACAGAUGUUAUUAAAAUACCCGAUCACCCACAGCCUUGCUGUGCCACUGGUAUAUCGAAUGAUUCUGCGGCACGCUUCUACCAGUCUCAGGUUCCCUACCCUGGAGCACUGUAUUACUGGAGGGGAGGCUCUGCUGCCGGAGGAUCAAGAGGAGUGGAGAAGACGGACAGGCCUUCUGCUCUACGAGAUCUACGGACAGACAGAAACAGGAGUAAGCUGUGGCACUCCCCAGGGAAUGAAGAUCAAGCCGGGUUCCAUGGGGAAAAGCAUGCCCCCCUUCGACAUCCAGAUCAUUGACGACCAGGGCAACACCCUGCCGUUCAACACUGAAGGCAACAUUGGCAUCAGGAUGAAGCCCACCAGGCCCAUUGGCCUCUUCAUGGGCUAUGAGGACAACCCAGUAAAAACAUCUGAAGUGGAGUGUGGGGACUUUUACAACUCUGGAGAUAGAGCAACUAUGGAUGAAGAGGGCUACAUCUGGUUCCUGGGGAGGAAGGAUGACAUCAUCACGGCCUCUGGGUACCGCAUUGGGCCCGCGGAGGUAGAGAAUGCCCUGGCUGAACAUCCGGCAGUGGCUGAAUCAGCUGUGGUGAGCAGCCCGGACCCAAUUCGAAGGGAGGUGGUGAAGGCAUUUAUUGUCCUGACCCCGGAAUUCCUCUCCCAUGACAGGGACCAGCUCACCAAGGAGCUGCAGCAGCAUGUGAAGUCACUGACAGCCCCGUAUAAGUACCCCAGGAAGGUGGAAUUUGUCUCAGAGCUGCCCAAAACCAUCACUGGCAAGAUUAAAAGAAGUGACCUUCGGAAAAAGGAGUUUGGUCAGAUGUAAUCAGCAAAACCCUCAGAAACCACUGUGUCAUCUUUGCCAAAUCCCUGGCUGCCUCAGUUUCCCCACUAUGGAGAGUGUAGGAGGGGAGUGUUGGACAUUGAUUUGUAAGAGCACCACAUUCCAGCAUUUUUGUUCUUUUAAAUUAAUAUCAGUUACUCUCCUGCUUCCAAGUCUCCGAGUGAGCGCACAGAAUGUGGCUGGGGUAAUAAACUGACAUCAGCAUCCAAGGGCCCUUGUGUAGUGCUUUUAUUCUGUGAAUGAACCGGUGCUAAAUGCUGUCCCUCCAUGAUUCUCCCCAAGCCCCAGCAGAGAGGACUCUGGGGCCAGAUUCUCCUCCUGGUUCUAGGGGCCCUGGGUGACUCCUUUUGUCUAUUCAACAACCAGGACACAGAGGUCUGGGGAGGGACCCUUCCUUGGCCCCAGUGUCCACCUCUGCCUGGCUUGCCCAUGCCCUGCUGGAGGGUGAGGUCAGGGCCAGAGCUAGUGAGGUGGCUGGGGAAGGGGAAUGGGUCAAGGGCAGCCCAGCCUGGUGAUUCCACUUGGCUGCCAGACCAUUCUUCACUGCUCCAUCCAGCCUCCCAUGGAUCUGCUGUCUCUGCUGCCUCUGAAUGGCUGCUGCUGCUGCUGCUGCUUCCAGAUCCCAGCCUGUAUCAGCAUAGGUGUGGGAGAGAUCUGCCCUGUGGGGACCCAGGAAUCCUGCAAGACUCCUCCAGCCCUUUCCAGGGGUGCCCAACCCCCCAUUCCUUCCAAGGAGUCC